AUGUACGCCGUCGGUUGGCCUCUUCGUCACAGAACUGUGAACUAUCGUGUUUACGUCUGCGCUAUUAGCAUACCGUGGAUCAUAGCGGCAAUAUUUACUACUUUAAUGGUGUUACGGACACUUAAUAUGAUAGGGAGGGAGCAUUUCUUCUAUUGUCUUGUUUUAAUUUCUGGAAUCCCUCUAAUAACUAUAUGUUUAGCAAACUUUGUUAUUUGGAAGAAGCAGAAAACGCCAUUUCGCGACCAGAAUCACAUCAAAAGAGAAGUGAAAUUGGCGAAGACACUAGUUCUCAUAACAGGAACAUCGCUUUUUACCUGGCUUCCUUUUCAAAUUCUAAAUAUUUUGUUUGCAUUGAAAGUCGCACAAAAUUUUCACCUUAUUGAAUUGACUGUAUUUAUUAUCAAAUUUUUACAGUUUAGCAAUUCAUUUGUGAACGUGAUGAUUUUUCCGUUCAGGAUCCCAGAAUUUAAGCGCACUCUAUUCCAGAUACUUAAUUUCCGUGUAAUUCCCUUUGGAAGAUUCAGCAUUGCGGUAUCUCCAUCAGCUGGACCGGGUCAUUUUCGCAAUGAAACGUUCACCAGGAAAGUUCACUUUAGAGUCUAAAUCCACUCAGGCACAUAAACAUUGCUACAAUGGAUAAGGAAUAUAAAAUGUAUUUUACAAAAAUAUGCAAAUAUGCUGAAAAUGAAUGUGUGCCAAAUUUUUAAUUAAAAUUUAAAUUUUUAGAAAAUUUGAGGAAACCCCCCACACUCAGUACGAGAAUACGCAUUGAAGAAAAAAUCAAAAAGUCAGUGAAGAGGGAAGAAAGCCAAACGACAAUUUUAAUCGAGGAAAACCAAAGAAGCAUCGCGAAGGAAAACCAAACAUGUAUCAAUGCCGAAAAAAGUAAAGCAUCUAUUCCGGAAAACCAGUUAAAAUGGUGACUUUUGAGCUUUCUUGAGCUAUUUUUCUUUGGUCUUUACUGAGAAAAAAUGUAGUCUUAAUCAUUUAACAAUUGGUUCAUACGUCAGCGUGCGUUCAUCGAGAUAUGAGGUACGCGGGAAGUUUCGAGAGCACGAAAGAUGCGUAAGAGUUGCUCCAGGCAAACUUCCCAAGUGUUUCAUAUCUCGAUGAACGCACAGCUGACUUAUGAACCAAUUAUUUCAUAACAUUUUCAACCCGAUGGAAAAAUUUUUUUCUCGAGGGAUUUGUUUGCUGACGUCAUGAGUGUGCACAAUAUAGAAUAUGAAGCACGCUUACGCAAUUGAAUUUGAUUCGACAAAUUUACUAGCUAGGUUAUAAUAUGUUUUGAAUAACCGUAAAGCACUUACCGGGUUUUUGUAGAUCUUGUUUAUAUACCGGAACGCUUGAAAUUUUCCUUUCGCUCGAGCAUUUCAGUUGUUGAUUGUCGGCGCCAUAGUUUGCCAAGUUGUAUGGUAGCAGGUUAAUCCAAGAUAUUCUUUGAACGAAAGAAUUUUUCCUUAAAAUAUUUGACUUAAAUAACUCUGUAUUUUGUACUUUCAGUUCUUUUGCUGAAGAUUGUAAAAUGUGAGGGACUGCUUUCUCCAAGAGGUUCAAGAGGUUGAAAUAAAAGUGGUUUUCAUUCUAAAUAUAUCUUGUUUCCCAUUUCAGGGUGCAAAGAAAGUCAGUUUUACCGUAGAGCAAGCUGUAUUUAACAUCUACUAGCCCGAAAGUCAUUUUUACCAGCCCGGAAAAAUUUUUUCGCUAGCAGAAAAAAAGAGCUGUUUUGCUCUUAGUGCUGCCACACUGCAGAAUUUUCACCGGGUCACCGCAAAAUAUGAAUGGUUAACAUGCAUUUUAGACAUUUUAGAAUUUAGAAAUACAUUUUAUAACAAAAAAAGAAAAAAAAAAAACGGAAAAAACGGCGUUGAAACCUUGAAACCAAAGUUCUCAAUGGACACACUAAAUGACAACGUCGACAACGCAAAAAGCUGCCAGUGAAAGCGCUUCAUUCUCCAAUUUGCCGCCAAAAAAAAUUUGCCGCCAGAGUAUUUCUUAGCAACUGACAGGGGAGAUAUUUAUAUUAUUAAAGGGAUAAAAAUUUGAUGGCUUUCAUUAGUUUGCUUCUAAUUCAAAUGGAUACCCUUUCAAAGUCGGGUGUCAAUAUCUAGCAAAUGCAGCUUGCAAAGAAAGUCGUGUCCGAUAGCCCGGGGCUAGUAGAUUUUGCGAUCGGGCUAGUGGAUUCUGUGGUUAACUUGCCCGUGGCAAGUGAAGAGUUUUCGGAGAAUUGAAAUUACAGAAGUACUGUAAGACAAAUGUUUUAAAUUUUUAAUCAAUUCAUGCGGACCGAAAGUAGCUCUCACGAAGUGAAAUCUGCACAAACAAGACGAAGUGUCGCAUUACAUGUCAGACGAGACAUAAUGAGAUCCCGUGCAUAACGUAGAAGCAGGUACUGAAAAAAGCUUUGGAGGUUUUUUGAAUAGUCUAGAGUAGCUGUUUUUCCCACGUUCAAAAAGACAUGAAACCCGUGCGAAGAAUUUAAGGAUCGUUUCAAAUGCUUCGAUUAUCUGAAUCCAUUCGAACGACUUUUUCAGCCCAUUUUAAUUUGCCUAUCUCGGUUUCGUUGUACAGUCAGCUCAGUUCAACAGUUCCCUGCUGCACCAGAGUCAAGAAUACAUCCAGAAAAUUAUACAUUUUAACCUUUCUACAAAAGUUAAGUAGAUGUGAAAGGGGAACUCUGACACAUUUUGAAAACAAAGUUGAUUUCAAGGCAACUCAUAAAUUUACACGGGUGAAUAAUAUUCACAAUGUCUCACUCGUGAGUUCUGAAGAGGGGUAUGAAUAUUAUCAAACAGUUUCUGACGCGUCAUAUUUUUUCAAAUUAUUUUCUUUAAACUGUUUCUGACGCGUCAGAAAUAUUUAUGUUCCAAGUUGAUUUUCUUCAUCAGAAACAGUUUGUUUCUGAGCGUCAGAAAUUUUCAAAUUCAUUCAACUUGCUUGUGACGCUUCAGAAAAUUAUCAAAUUUACUUUCUUCAAACUGCACUUUCUUCAAACUGCUUCUGGUGCCAGAAACAUUCACGUUUUAAAUUUAUUUUCUUGUUUUUGACACGUUAGAAAUUUUUCAAAUGUAUUUUCUUCAACUUGUUUCUGACGCAUCAGAAACAUCGAUGUUUCGAAUUUAUCUUCUUUAUCAGAAACAGUUUGUUUCUGAGCGUCAGAAAUUUGUUCAAAUUUACGUUCUUCAAACUGCUUCUGAAGCGUCAGAAAUUUUUCUACUUUAUUUUUUCGUCAACCUGUUUCUUUCAAAUUUAUUUUCUUAUUUCUGACGCGCCGGAAUUUUUUUAAAAUUUGUUUCUGCGACAAACAAGUCUAGUUGUGGUGAAUUUGCAUAGCCUUUGUAAAAACAUGUCUUUUCAAACUCAAAUCUUAUUUCGUUCUGUUUACGAGUGAUCCGAGUUUUAUUUUUAGUAAACGUCUUUAAACUUUUCUCUUAUUACCUCAACGUCAAUCUCAGAUGAGCUUCUUUCUUUAUUUCUCCAUUUCUUUAUUCAGGAAAUAAUGCUGCUCAUUAUUGCUCUCGCGCAAAAUUGAGUUGAACUCAACGUCAGAGAGAAUUAUUUGCAAUCGCCUUUAAAAACAACCUGCUGACUUACAGGUGCUUUUUCUCUGGAAUUGAAAUAGUUUUUUCUUGUUUUGUAAUUUUUUUAUUGAUUUGUCCAAUAAUACCAAAUGAAUUUAGGUUGAAAUGAGGUUUCUCAUAACUGACGUGUCCUUGACAAAUUAGAGAAAAUUAGAUCCGUUUGGCACACAACAUACACUGUGACAGGAGUAACAUCGGCUGUAUUGUGAUCAAGCGGUAAGGCGGUUUCGCAGAGUGGAAUUUGGGAUAAUAGCUCAAACCUCAAAGGAAGGUCAUUGAUUCUCGUCGGUCACGAAAAUUCGCAUACAUUAGAUAUAAUUCCUAAGUGACAUUUUUCGUUGAGUUGGGACUCCAGAAUAAUAGUUAACCCCAUCAAGGAGUUGCCCGACAUUUCACCAAGCGCGGACUUCCGAUUCAAAGAAGGUGAUAAUCACGGUCUCGGAUCUGUUUUCGUUUACGUCUCAUAUGUUGGUCCGGAAGCAGAUCAUUCAGCAGCUUAUCCUGGAAGAAAAAAAUUCAGCGAUGAGGGUGGAAAAGCAAUUAAAGGAGUUCUUUUGUUUUCACGGACAUUACUUUCAUCGAUAUUUUGUUACCUUUUACUCCAUAAUUUUUCUUUGUUUGUGUCAUUCAUAAAGUUCUUUACCGUAAAUUUUAUUCAUUCAGAUCUACCGUUUAACUGCUUGAACCGCCUAACUGUUUAUACUGCCUUUAUCAAUCACUUUACGUCGCUUUACAUCGUCUUUAAUUUGCCAUUUGGCCCGUACCUCGUACAACGUUUCAACCGCCUCAAAUGUUCAUUUCGCUUUAAUACUUUAGUAAAUUUCGUUUGUGCGUUGGACACAUACGAGUGAUUUUGGCCCCAAUAGUUAAUGAGCUCCACUUCAAGAGAAACCUUGAAGAUAAUAGCUUCAACAUACUCCUUUUCGUGUUUUCUAGAGAAAAAGUCUAAAAACAUCAAUUGCUGUUGGGAACACAGCGACCAAAACAAAUAGCGUCAGUUUCUGGUGCCAACUCCGCUCCACUUUCCGAGCCAAAAGCCCCAGGGAAAAUUAUAAUAAACUACCACUGUCAUGCUGAAACAAAUUAUAUUGAAAAAAUGAAAACUAGAGACUCUUCGAGCACAAAGUUCAUUUAAUUACAGGUUCUCUUUUCACACUGUGUUUUAACUUUACAACAACAACAACAACAAAAAAGUCUGGGCUCUUAACUUAUAAGUGAUAAUUCCCAUCCGAAAGAAUUUUAAUGGAAAAUUUAAAAAACUACUAUUUCGACGACGAAAUGACGGUCCAAAACAUACACGGCCACCAUGUUCCAAAGUUGCAUGGUGUCUCUAAAAACGCUAGAACAGUGAUAGAACAGCGAUAAUGGUACCUGGUACUCCAAAUUAAAACUAAAUCAUUUCAAACAGGCUCAAGCUUUGCAUAAUAGGCACACGAUUUUUGAUCAGAGUAUUUUAGAUCAGCGGAUGUAUGUAAAAGUCACGCGCGAGGAGAGAAGGGUCGUAAUUUUGCAAGAACUUGCGCCCGCGCUCUGCUGUGAGCAUCAUGCUUUAUAAGAUCAAGAUGAAGAUCGACCUCAUCGCCUGAAGAAGACUAGCAGUAUGCAGUCGAAACGUCGCGAUCUACAUCACACGUGACUACAAUGUGAGACAAACGAAAGAAAAAAAAAACUUAGCUUUUAUUGUUAUUCACCACGAUGAAUAACCACAACCUUUUCUACGAAAUUCCUGUCCCAUGUUGUCAUCUCUGGGUAAUUACUUCUACGAUCAACAAUUAUAUCGUGAACAAGUUUAUGUAUUCCCACAGCCAAAGCAAAAUCUGUCACAAAAGUUUUUUUUGAUCUUUUCCUACAUUUUCAGUACAUAUCAAUUAAAGCUUUAGCAUGUUCAAGUGACGCUUCUGUCAAAUAGGUUUCAAUCGUGGAAAGCUUUAUUCAAGGAUUGGUAAUGCUGGUUCUCGGAACUCAAUCGUGUUUCAAGUUGAGGAUCAUUAUAGCAGAACGAAGAUACGAGUAUGUUUUCGUCACCAACAUCUUUGGUCAUCUGUUCACUUUCUCGAGAAAAACUAUCAGUCACGGGUUUUCCUUCUCUGGUGGUCACGUUACAGUUAUCUUUCGCAUUACCGUCGGAGGAUUUUGUAUCUUGGGAAAGUUUAUUGUGACGCUCUUCAGAGUGAUGUUUGUUUUCAAUUGCUGUUUGUUUAGUGUUUGAGUUUUUAUUGCCUCUCCUGUUGUUUUAGAGGCUUCACUCCCCAUUGGUCAUAAAAACUAAGGUUAUUAUCUAUCAUUGACAACACUAGCCACUGAUGACUCGCGUGAAUUAUCGUUUGCGUGUUGUAGCCGCCAUAUUGUUUGGCUUCAGUCACCCUGAGCAACCAAUCCUAAAAUGUACAGUUUGCUGCGCUAUCGACACAGCUGCGACAGCGGAGACAUAGCGGUCAGACGUUUGUGCAUGUGCAAUGUUGUAAUGAUCAUUAGCAACGAAAUGGAACGAACGCACCUAAUCCACCGAGCAAGUGAACCCAUUUUGCUGCUGUGUUGGUGUGUCGAUUAGCCAUCAUGGUUGACGCUCUUUUAGGAAACAAGCGGUCUCAAACGAGUUACCAUCAACCACACAAGCCAAUAAUUCACGGUGUUUUAAAAGCGUAUAACCUUUGUCGGAGAGCUCAAAACAGAAUGGUAAAUCAACAGGGUUACCCGUACUUGAACAAGCUUCAUGUCCAAAAAGUCUGGAGCUUUUCCUUUCCCUGGAUUUGUUUCCUUUAAAGAGAUUCUCUGAAAGUUUCAACUGUUUUCGCCUACAUUACUUUUCGAGAGAGCGGUUGCUUCUUCUGUUUUCCAUUGAAAAUCUUCGCGGGAAACCGGGUUGCAGCCGGCCAGAAUUGAUCACCUCACGCACGGCUGACGUUUGAACACUGUGUUAUUUUAAGGCCAGACUCCUUAUCAUAUUGAAUAUUAUUUCCUCUGUUCAUACCUUAGCGACUAUAGAUUCAACAUAACUAGGUACGUGGUUUCAGUUUUUCGCCAAAUUUUUCUCUGAUUCUUGCUUGACAUAUGCUCCCUGACUACACCUAGAAGGUGGAACUAUUUUCGUAUCCAACCAGCCUUAGCGGGAGGAAAUAAAGAUGUCAAUCUUCGACCCUACUGCCAAAAUAAAAAUGAGCUUGCAUUAAUUAUGAAUUUUUUCUUCCACUUCUGCUUAGCAUUAAAAUAAGUGUCGGGCAUCAUCCAUAGUAGAAAGCUAUUCGCCCUUUAAUUGAAGACCCACUGCUGUUCCUCAACCUUACAGUAGCUGUUGUUGAAAAAGAGCUUGUUUACAGGUGAGAUAUAAAGACAAUAAAGCGUGUAGCAUAUGAAGACUGGAACAUUAAAAUGUUCUUCUUGAUCUUUUUCUUCCGAUUUUGUCUCGUCAAAUUUUGGUCUGACAAUGCUUGUGAAUUGUUUAGAGUAGCUGUUUUUUCCCACGUUCAAAAAGAAAUAAAACCCGUACGAAGAAUUUAAAGAUCGUUUCGACUGUUUCGAUUAUCUGGAUCCAUUCGAACGACUUUUUCAGCCCGUUUUAUUUGAACGACUACAUCAUUCUUUUAAGCAAAUUCUUUGACUUUAUUUCUAGAAAUCAGGUCAAAGAUGGCACCUCUUUAUAAUGCUGGUAUUGGUAUCAACUUGUUAAUAUUCUUCUGUCGUUAAAUUUCGAAAGUUUUUUUCUUAAAUUUUUUUCUACUGGCCGUACGCUUUCAGCCCAACUGGGACCGUCACCCGACUCAACUUAACGUUUCGUUGUUUCAGGACUGUUUAAUUUCUUUUUUUAAAGAUGUAAAAAAUAUUUCUAACUUGAUUCUAAAUUACAUAAAAGAGUAUCGUUUAAAAAAAUACCAAAUGCUCGUUUACUAAGGUAUUUUUGCUCCCAAAAAUUUUUUACCGUUCAGAUUUAAUAGCAAAGGUUUGUUUUCAUGGCAGGUCUAAAGAAAAACAGUGCCCAGUAAAAUGGAUUUUAACUCAUGGAACAUCUUCUGGGGUAUAUGUUUUGGUGUAUUGGGGACUUUGAUCACUGCAGGAAAUGUUCUCACCAUCUGGAUAUUCUUCAAACAGAGACGCCAAAAACGCACUUACCCUCUUCUCAUAAGCUUGGCUGUUUCCGAUUUGCUGGUGGGAAUUUUCGCUGUCCCUUUUUAUUUAAAAGCUGUUGUAUCACAGGGCCUUGCGUGGCUCGUUAUUUCUAUCGGUGCUGACAUUUUCACUGGUACAACGUCCAUCUACACUCUUGCAGUCAUUUCCUUGGAAAGAACGUUCGCUGUCGGUUGGCCUCUCCGUCACAGAACUGUGAACUAUCGUGUUUACAUCUGCGCUAUUAGCAUACCGUGGAUCAUAGCGGCAAUAUUUACUACUUUAGUGGUGUUACAGACAUUUAAUAUAAUAGGGAGGGAGCAUUUCUUUUAUUAUCUUGUUUUAAUUCCUGGAAUCCCUCUAAUAACUAUAUGUGUAGCAAACUUUGUUAUUUGGAAGAAGCAGAAAACGCCAUUUCGCGACCAGAAUCACAUCAAAAGAGAAGUGAAAUUGGCGAAGACACUAGUUCUCAUAACAGGAACAUCGCUUUUUACCUGGCUUCCUUUUCAAAUUCUAAAUAUUUUGUUUGACUUGAAAGUCACAGAAAAUUUUCACCUUUUUCAAUUGACACUAUUUAUUAUCAAAACUUUACAGUUUAGCAAUUCAUUUGUGAACGUGAUAAUUUACCCGUUCAGAAUCCCAGAAUUUAAGCUCACCUUAUUCCAGAUACUUAACUUCUGUGUAAUUUCCUUGAACCAUCACUAA